AGAGAGAGAGAGAGAGCGCCAUGGGUCGAGAGAUAACGCUCAUGAUGCUUGGCCUCAUUGCAGGCUGUGGAGGCUUUGCCGUACCGCCCACCGCGCGAAGAUUGAGACCUAACGCUGCGAGAGGCUGCUGGAGGAGGCCCUCACAAAAUGGCUGUCAUUCCUCAACAAGGAGCAGAUCGUCUUCUGCAGCAAGGAUCGAAAUGUCCAUAAGGGAAAUGAUCGGCGCUGACGUCGAGAGCGGGGGACUGUUUGAUCCGCUAGGAUUUUCAAAAGACGAACCUUCGCUGUUCCGAAGGCGGGCUGUCGAGCUCAAGCACGGACGGGUGGCGAUGCUCGCCGUCACCGGUAUCUUGGUGCAGUCCUUCGUGCACUUCCCGGGUUUCCCGCCGUUUCCUGUGUCUAAUCCAGCGCGCCCGCUGGCGGUGCUGAAGGGGCUAUUGUCGACCGAGGGAAACAACGUGGUGCUGUUUCUGUUGGGCACUGGGGUGGUGGAACUCACGAUAGGGAAGCAGGACUACGUAGACAGAGCUCCGGGAGAGCUCGGCGAGUUUGGAGCGUUCGCGAAGCCGGUGGACAAGGAGGAGUGGGAUAAGGUUCAGAUGGCCGAGCUGAAGCACGGACGCCUGGCAAUGCUGGGUGUGGUGGGGUGCUUGGUGCAGGAGCUCGUGACGGGCGAGGGACCCGUGGAGCAGCUUCUCAACGGGAACAUCUUUCCAUUCGCUUAGAGGGAGGAACCCCUGGAAAGGAAGUGGUGGACUGUUUUCGGGGUGCGACAGUAGGCUGGUGCAGCCGGCCCGCAAGCCCUGAUAUUUGGGUUCGAAGAGAGGGUUGGGGAGGGGGCGCAGGGGGUGUUCAUGGAAGCUCUACCGCUGUGUCCCCUGCCUGUGUUUUGUGCUACAAGGCAAUGCGAGAAGACUGACUGCAUUAUUGAGAAUUGUGCGAAGGAUUCGGCGAAAAGGCAACCUUCUUCCUCGAGAACGGUAACAUUCUCGUUUUCUGUGUCGUUGCACCAAUGGUUGUAGAUGUUGAGAAAAGCCUGUGCGUAGGUCCAUUAGGGAUGCGGCCAAUUUUUUUGGUGCGAACAAGAAUAUUAGCGGUGGCAACGAGUGCUGUCUGAUCCAUCAUGCUGGCGCGUUAGCGGAGACCACGUCCACCAUGCACGCGGUGCGUCGACACAAGGCGAUCGUGAUGGUACAAUGUCGUUUUUGAGGUUCUCGCGGCGCUACACGUUUCUGUGCCCACUACUGCUGUGCCCCAAGGGCGUGAGCAACACUAAACGACAGCGGCAACAGUGUCAUGAACGCAUUGUUGUUGCCGUUGCCGCUGUCCAGUCCAGUCACUGAGUGUGAUACCAUCCAUCCUGAUGUUUGCGGUGGCCUGGACGGGCGCUUCAAUCGCCUUCCGCCGUCCUCGAACAUGUGUCCUCGUGUUUCUCCUAUGCUCUCAGCGUCCACGUCGGUCUCGUGUUUGAUCAUCGCCCUUGGCUCGCGCGUCCACGCGUUGUUUCUUCGUCUGGUGAAAUGGCGACCUUUCGUCUCCUCUUCCCCCGUACAACGCAGAGAAACUUCGGCCCCGAUGCGUGCUCUGC